AGCCGUAACCAUCAUUUUCUUCAAGCUUCCAUCUAUUUUCAAGUUGGCUAAACAAUACAUGAAGAGAGAGGGUCGCCAACAUGGGAUGGUUCGGACCUAUUGGAUCCUACCAUCCCAAUUAAAUCCCAGACCCACUACCAGAUUACUUAACAACUGGGACUCACCCGCAACAGCUGGAGUGUUCACCAGAGCCUCAUCCAAGCCCACCAACCACUCCAAGUUCACCGGAAAGUGUGGCAAUCAUAUGCACCCGGCUUCCAAGGCCAAGGACAAGACCAAAGGGACCCAAAAGAUCAGAUCCUACGAUGUCGUUUCAUAUCAUAGGUUGGUCACUUGGCGGGGCCGUCAGGGUUUGAAUUUCUCUGGCUACUCUGCUUCGGCUAUUUUGGAUCAGCUGGAGGAUGAUGAUAAUGAUGUUUAUGACAGAGAUGCGGAUGGUUAUGAUGGUACAUGUGGUAUGGGUGAUUUUGAUCAUGUGGUGGUGGGAUUUCAGAUUGCGAUAAAUGAUGGUGAUGGUGAUGAAAAUGGUAAUAAUGUUGGUGAUGUUAUGGACCAAGCAGAGGGAGAUGAGGAUUGGUGUCUAGUGGGGGAAAUGUGAUGUAAAGUCUGAAGAUUGUUCACCAUAUCUCCCUCCUUUUCCAUAACAAUGUUAUGCUUUUUAAAUUGUUUUUUUUUUUUUUUUGGAAGUUGUAAUUGAAGUAAGAAAAAAAAGAAGAAGUUAUAAUUCACU